GCGUUAUCCUGCUAGUCACAUUGUGGCAAGUUGUCCAUUGCCCUGCCCUGCCCUGCCCUGCCCAGACACUGGUCAAGCGACGCAAGGGAAGGAUGUGGUUAGCUAGCAGCCUGAAAUUCUCCGCCCAUCAACUCAGUCAGCAGGAAGCAACCCGCCUAGCGCCCUCGAUCCAAGGACCUCAGAGAUUCGGCCGUCGCCACUCCGGGGCCAAGAAAUGCUCCUCCUGCUCUUCUUCUCUGUCCUCGCCGCCGUUGCCGCCUUCCUCCUCUUCAAGUUCGCCACCGUCGUCGAUGGGGACUUGACGCUCGUAUCCCGCGGUCCGCCGCUGCGGGAGAGGGUCGACGGCAAGGUCGUGUGGAUUACUGGAGCUAGCCGCGGGAUUGCAGGUGAGGUGAUAAAUUUCCUGACUGCAGUGUUAUUUUUUAGCGAGCCUUAUGCCUUUGUUAGUUCAUUGAGGAAUGGGGAGGUUCUUGCAAUGCACUUCGCAAAUUUAGGAGCAAAGCUGAUACUAUCUGCACGUAACAAGGACGCGCUUGCGAGAGUGAAAAAAAACAUCCUCAGCAAGAAUCCAGAUAGCAGAGUUGAAAUGUUACCCAUGGAUUUAUCAGCUGGUGAAGAAUCUCUGAAAGAAGUCGUACAUGUGGCAGAAUCAUUUUUUUCUAAUGCAGGCGUUGACUAUAUGGUCCAUAAUGCAGCCUUCGAACGUCCUAAACGGAGGGCUCUAGAAGAAAGUGAGGAAGGUCUUAAGGCUACAUUGAAUGUCAAUGUCUUCGGAACUAUUACUUUAACUCGCCUUCUAGCACCUUACAUGCUUGAUAGAGAGAUGGGCCAUUUUGUUGUGAUGAGUAGUGCUGCUGGAAAGGUUCCUGCUCCUGGUCAGGCCAUUUACUCUGCCUCCAAACAUGCUCUUAAUGGUUACUUUGCUUCUCUGCGAUCUGAGUUGUGUACAAAAGGCAUUAAGGUCACUGUUAUCUGCCCUGGACCGAUUGAAACACUACAAUCUUCUGCUGCAGCUUCUUCAUCGCAAACACAUUCUGCUGAGCAGAAACGUGAGAAACGUGUUUCGGUGGAACGGUGUGUUGAACUGACAAUUGUUGCUGCUACUCAUGGACUGAAAGAAGCAUGGAUAUCAUAUCAGCCUGUGCUGACUGUUAUGUACUUGGUGCAAUACAUGCCAACAAUUGGUUAUUGGCUAAUGGACAAGGUUGGUGCAAAACGGCUGGAUGCGGCCGCAAAGAAAGGGAACACGUAUAGUUGGAGUCUCAUUUUCAGCAGCAAGAAGUCAGCAUGACCAAAUUGCUCGUAGCUGCUAUCACCAUCUUUCUCGAUUCAUAUGGUCACGUGACUUAUAUUGUUGUACGCAAAAAGGUCGGCCUGAAAAGGAUCAGAUCAUGUAUAGAAACAAUAUAGUUUAGUGAAAAAUUGGACCCGUCACUAUGACCAAUAAUUAUGAUUCAGUUGUGUUAGAUUUAUUGUGUGGCGUAAUGAUGUACUGUGUGUAAUAUAUCUUUGUAAUAAGCAUAUACCCAUUUUACUCUAUUAUUAAUACAGCUUUCUACCCUGUCUAGGGCUAAAGUUUUCAUUCA